AUGUUCCGUCUCCUCCUCAGUACAAUCGCAUUGGCAGCGACAGCCGUCUCCCAUUGCACCCGCCCUGGGCUUACCGAGGCUGUCGACGAAUACCUCUCCGCGCAGCAGUCUGGUCAAGUUUCUGCCUUCAAAGCCCGCUUUGACAAUAGCACCUGGUUGGGAUACUUCGAAAACACCAAGAAAGCCGACGUUGACACCGGGAUUCUGACGCAUCCGCUCGUGAUAUCUUAUAACCGGAGCUUAUACGACACGACAGCAUGCGCGACAUUCACAGAAUUCUACGUGAACGACCUGAAUGCUCCGUACGUCAUCGGUACUCAGUUGCGCUUUGCGAAUCAUCGUAUCAACAAGGUCGACACCAUCAUCACAAAGCCGGGUGAUUGGCUCUUUAACAUUACGGGUAACAUGUAUUACGCACCAAAGGAGAAUUGGGGUACAAUCCCAGAGGAAAAGCGCGACUCGAGAGACACGAUAAAAAAGGCGGCGGAUGCGUACUGCGAUCUGUUUAACAAUCCAAACAUCACUGUUCCGUGGGGUGCACCGUGCAAUCGGCUUGAGGGGGGUCUGUACGGUGGCAAGGGCUUGCCAAACGAUACCUGCAACGCGGGCGUACCGUCGGGUAUUGACAUGAGAAAUCGAAGAUACGUUAUUGACGAGACGGUUGGUGCGGUAGACGUGAUGCUGGAUUUUGGAGGUAAAAGUGGCGGGCUACCCGAUAGCCACGAAUUUCGGGUUGAGGGCGGCAAGAUCCGAUAUGUCCAUACGAUGACGGAUGAUGCGAAUGUAGUUCGCUCUUGUACUUCUCGUCGUGAUGAAUUCUAA